GCAACUAAUGAACGGAUUGCUUAUGGACGUAUGGACAAGUAUAACGAUAUUUGGAAUGCAUCUCUAAAAAAUAGAAAUCUGGGCAGCAGGGUCCCUUUGCCGGCGACCCCUCCCCGCCCAUCAGCAAAGCGACGCAUUUCCUGGCGGCGCCCUCCGGCCGCUAGGGGGAGCCGGAGGCCCUCCCGGCCGGCCCCUCUAGGCGCCGCGCCGCCUCGGUGACCGCUCCUUCCGCCUCGCUCGCCACGUGGUCUGCGAGCGCGCUCGGCUGUUCGGCUCCCUCCUCCUCCUCCUCCUCCGGGGCUGUGAGUUCGAUCCCCGAUGGCGGCGGCGGCCGCCUUCCCGAGCGCCCUCUUCCCGGGCUACUUCCAGGCGGGGCCGCCGAGCCGCCAGCGCAGCGCCUCCCAGGCCAACCCGCUGGUGGCCGGGUGGGGCUGCUACGGGCAGGUGCUGCCCGACCCCGCGGCGCCCGGACAGGACCCGCCGCGCUUCGUCCCCCGCCGCCUCCCCAAGGCCGUCGGGGAGAGAUGGACGCCCAGCGAAGCCGCCCCGCUGCCCCUGACGCCGCCCAACGCCGGCUGCAGGGUGCCCCCCGUGACUCCCCAAGAUCUCCUUGCACUGGGACUGAUGAUGCGCUCCGCGGAAGCCACCAACACUGGUGCUCAGGCUCCCCUGGGCUUCUCAGAGCAGCUGGGCGCCUUCUUUGUGGACUAUCCUGACGUGGCCUUUGGCACCAUGGGCCAGCUCCUCCAGGACAACUUCCACAUGGGAAAUGAGCGAGUCCGGAAGAAAGAGCGGCGCCAUGUCAUCCAGGUGAGCCACCUGCUGAAGCACAUUGAUGCCCCUGAUGCCGUGAGCUGCAGCUUCUUUGAGGAAAAGAGCAUCAUGCGCCUGUGCCGAGACUGGCUCUUUGAGCUGCCCCUGGAGCUGAUGGCCGAGUGGGUGCAUGAGGACCUGGCAGAGCAGUGGAGACGCCUUUCCUUUGACGAGACCCCAACCGGGGGGGCCUUGGCCUGGCUGCCCAGAGAGGGCAGCGGGGGGCCGUCGCCCAGGGGCUGCCUGGUGUACCCCUCCGGGGAGGCCAUGAACCAGCUCUGCUUCCAGGACGUGGCUCUAAAGCCCACCGCCAGCGGCUCCCUGAGGCCUUGGACCCGGGGCCGCCCUGCCCAGUUUGAGCUCAAUGGCCGGGUCCAGCAAGUGGCAGCCGCCAAGGUGGGCGGCAUUGACUUUGUUGGGGUGCGCUCAGAUUACCACUGCGGCGCAUGGAAGAUGAAGCCGGGAGGAGCCCCCGCCCUGCUCCAGGUGGUUGGCACAGAGACCCCCUGCUCCUCCAUCGCAGUCAGCCCCCACCUGCCUGGCGAGCUCUCCUUCUGCACCCACAGCGGAGCCCUCUAUGCCUGGAAUGUGGAGACAGGGCUCCAGCGGCUGCACCAGGACAGCGAGACCCUGUUCUUCCGGGACCCUUCCCCUUGGCGAUGGAGCGAGUUCACUGCCCACCCGCGGGUGCUCAGCUUUGCCGACCGUACCGGCCUGGUGGGGAUUGACCAGAGGGUGUCCUCUCAACAUCGCGUGGAGCUGUUCAAAGUGGGGGGCGAGGCAGACUGCCAGCAGGGGGAGCGCGUGGUCCUCUGCAAGUACCUGGGCCAGGCUGAGCCCUACCAGCACCUCGUUGUCACUCAGUUCUCGGUCUACGUGCUGGACGAACGCUUCCCCCUGGUGCCAGCCCUCAGCUGGGAGCACAUGAUGCGACGGCCGCCCAUCUAUGGCCUCCUCAGCCCGGCCGACGCUCCGCAGCGCAGCCACAAGCUCCUCCUCGGCUCCCACCACGACCAAGAACUCUUGCUGCUGCAGUACGCAGGUGGCGCUGAUACCCCUUGCCAGCUCUGGGGCCCCCCACGAAAGGUCCCUUCCAUCCACGAGAGCCUGCCCCACUUCCCUGUGCAAGUGCCCAUCCAGCAGGAGGCCCUGCGCCAGCGUCUCGCCCUGCCUACUGCAGGCAUUGCAGCCGCCCUUGGCCAGCAGGGCCAGAGUCAGACCCUGCUGGUCUUCCAGCUCUCCGAGGCCGGCGAUCUCUUCUACCAGCCCUUGCUCCACCAGGAGGAGGAGGAGGAAGAAGAAGGAGCCUCCGAGGGGCCACAGCCGGCUCCGGAAGCCCCGCAGGAGGAGGAAAAGGAGGAUGCCCACCGAGGCCCUGAUGAAGCCCCGUCCGCUUACCAGCGCUGGCUCAGGGCCUUCCGGAAAGACUGGAAGCGUCUCCCCGAGGCAGCCCAGGGCCGGGCGCGGCUGCCGGCCGUCCUCAGCCAGAGACGCCUCUUUGCUCACCGGGAGCUGCAGGAGCCGGCCGGGGAUCAGGCUCCCUUCUAUGGGGAGCCCCUGCGGCAGCGCCUGCGCCAGGCCAUGCAGGAGAAGCGGGCCGUGUGCCCCUUGGAGCUGGUUGGCAGGGCCCCCUCGCCCCCAGACCUGGAGCAGGAGGGCCCCCCGGGGGAGCUGGGCCAGCGCCUGGCCGCCUCCUGGGCCGGCGGCUGGGCCGACUGGUGGCAGGAGAAGCUGGGCGUGACUAAGGCGCAGAAGCAGCGGGCGCUGAGGAAGCAGCGGCAGAGGCUCAAGAGGGCGCGGGGAACCCCCAGCCUCUCGGGGAGCUUCACCUCCACCACCAGCUACCAGUCGGACGCCAGCGACUCCUCCUGGUGGGCAGCCAGCAGCCAGACCCCCAGCGAGGUCCCCACUGACUCGGAAAGCCUCUACUCUCUUGGCUCUGCCGCCAUUGCCAGGAAACCCCCCUGCGUUGGGCCCGAGCCCCGCGUCUCCGUUCCGGGCUCCCCGCCUGCUUCCCAAGCCCCCUGUGCUGCCUCCCAGGGCUCCCCCUCGUCCUCGCAGCUGCUCUCGUCCCAGACCCUCUCCACCCGCGGGAUCCCCAAGGAGCGCCGCCAGACCCUCCGCAACUACCUGGCCUGCUUUGACGAGCCUGAGGAGCCCCCGGCCGAUCUGCCGGCCAGCCAGGCCUCCAGCCGCGGGAGCCAGCGCCCCGUCUCCUCCUCCCAGGGACCCCGCAAGAGACCGCGCAUGGGCUUCUGAGCUGAGCCUCGUGGCUUCCCGCCUCCUCACGGGGGCCUCAUCCCGGGGUAGGUGGGGGGGCCUUCCGCCACACACAGAGCUGGGUCCUCCUGUUCCCCCACCCCAGGGGACUGCACACAAAACCUGCCGCCUCUGCCCUUUCCAUAUAUAUAUAUUAUAUAUAAUAUAAAAUUGAGUUUGUAAAUAUAUCCUUGUUUUUCACAUUAUUUUUUGCUCAUAUGAGCUGGUCGACUUCUCCCCCUCCCGCCUCAUGGUUACAGUUUAAUUCAGGCUUCCUCAACCUCGGCCCUCCCGAUGUUUUUGGCCUACAACUCCCAUGAUCCCAAGCUAGCAGGACCAGUGGUCGGGGAUGAUGGGAAUUGUAGUCUCAAAACAUCUGGAGGGCCGAGGUGGAGGAAGCCUGGCUUAAUUCUUCACUAUAUCAUCACAUUUGUACCUCUUCCUGUUUACAUUUCAUCCAUUUUGAUUAUCACAUUUUUAAAUAAAUAUGUUGUUUAGUCAUGUCCGACUCUUCGUGACCCCAAGGACGAGAACACGCCAGGCACCCCUGUCUUCUUCUGCCUCCCGCAGUUUGGUCAGACUCAUGUUGGUGGCUUCGAACUUCAAGCCAUCGAUAAACACAGUCAUACCUCGGUUUAAGUACGCCUCGGUUUGAGUAUUUUCAGUUUAAGUACUCCGCAGACCUGUCUGGAACGGAUUAAUCCACUUUCCAUUACUUUCAAUGGGUAAGUUCACUUCAGGUUAAGUACGGCCUUCCAGAACCAAUUGUGUUUGUAAACCGAGGUACCACUAAAAAUAAAUAAUAUAAAUAUAAAUAUAAAAAGGUAUGAAUCAUCAACAUUACAAGUCUUCUUCAGUCAGUCCUGCUAGUGUUGCUAAUUGUUUGCAAUUCACCUUUUGGAAAUCUUGAUCACGCUGGUUUCGGAUUUUCCCUGUCAGCUUCACCAGUUCUGCAAAUUCCAUCAUCUUCAUCUGCCACUCUUCAAUUGUUGGCAAUUCCUGUUGCUUCCAUUUUUGGGCCAGCAAAGUCCUUGCUGCCCUCGUUGCAUCCAUAAAUAAUUCCUCUGCCCUUUCCAGCCUUUCCUCCAGGAAGGGACUUCCAGGGGGUUGGGCUAGAUGACCCUCAGGGUCCCUUCCAACUGUACAGCUCUCUGCUUCUAUGGGCUGCUGCCUACACAUCAUCUAAUUCCUUAGAUGCAAGGAGGAUCUGAGGACAGAAGCCACCCUCUCCCCUUCUGAGGUUUCCAGCAACUGGGAUUCGGAAGUAUUUCUGCCUCUGACAGAAAUGGGAAUUUUUCAGUGUUUGAUAUUUUAUUGCUUUAUUAUUAUUAUUAUUAAUAUUCUGUUGGGAGCCUCCCAGAGUGGCUGGGGAAACCCUGCCAGAUGGGUUGGGUAUAAAUAAUAAAUUAUAUAUUAACAUAUAUAAAUAAUAAACUAUAUAUGAACAGUGUGUUGUGUUGUGUAGGCGCCUAUGAUGUAAGUCAUGGGCCCUGACUGCUCGUCUGCCCCCUAAAAUAUCCCUGGUUUGCUCCUUUCAGUUUAUAGGGUACCCAUAUUCUGCGUGUGCAAAUGGCUUGAGAUACCUAUGAGGUCCAUCAAUUACCAUAUAGCAUAUAAAAAAAUUCCUUCAGUAGCACCUUAAAGACCAACUAAGUUUUUAUUUUGGUAUGA